GUCAGCUGUCGUCGCUGCUGAUGGCAACAAUAGGAGUCGGCCACAUUUUCAGCAUCAUCUGCAUCCUACACAUCGCCCAUGAAGCGGAGGAGAAUCCAAACGCGCACUGAUCGGAAUUUAGUCUCUCGUUUGAAGUGAAGACACGCCGGCUGCAAAGGAUAUUUUGCAAUAGCCUACACACUUCAGUGAAGUCACGAUGCCAGCGGCACCCAGCCACCAGGAUUUCUUUGCGGAGCUGCCAGGGGGAUGCCUGCUCCCUACGGUCCAGCAGGGCCUGGAGCAGACCUGGAAGCUCCUCCUCAUCUGCCUGACCUGCCGCUUCCUCUGGAGGCUCAGGCUUCCCACCUACAUGAAACACCUGAGCACCGUGGGCGGCGGGUUCUACGUUCUUUACCUGUUCUUCGAACUGCACAUGGUGUGGGUGGUUCUGCUUAGUCUGCUGUGCUACCUCAUCCUCUUUCUCUGCCGCCACUCCACCAUCCGUGGAACGUUCCUCUGCAUCACUGUCCUCAUCUACCUGCUGUUAGGUGAGGCACAUAUGAUGGACACCACCACCUGGCAUAAAAUGAGAGUGUCCCAGAUGGUGGUGGCCAUGAAGGCCAUCUCAUUGGCUUUUGACCUGGACAGGGGGGUAGUGGAAAGUGUCCCCUCUCCAGUGGAGUUCAUGGGCUACAUCUACUUUGUGGGCACAGUCAUCUUCGGACCCUGGAUCAGCUACAAUAGCUACAAAGAGGCGGUUGAAAGCCGCCAGCUGAGUUUCAGGUGGCUUGUGAAGGCCUUCACCAGCUGGGCCAAGAGUCUGUUCUGCCUGCUCGUCUCCAACUGUGUAGCUCCCUACCUCUUCCCCUACUUCAUUCCCAUCUACACCGACAGACUGCUCCGCAAGAAGAGACGAAAGAACAGAGGGACUCUUGCAAGGUGGCUGCUGGGGUAUGAGAAUACCCUCUCCUUCCAUUUCAGCAACUUCUUUGUGAGUUACCUCAGUGAAACCACCACCACUUUGGCGGGCUCUGGCUUCACAGAAGAGAAGGAGAACCUUAAGUGGGACUUGACAGUGGCAAAACCUCUAAACGUGGAGUUUCCCAGGUCCAUGGUGGAAGUGGUGACCUCUUGGAACCAGCCCAUGUCUCAAUGGCUGAAUACAUACGUUUUUAAAAGUGCUCUCAAAUUCGGCAGUUUCACUGCCAUCCUUACAACCUACACAGCCAGUGCACUGCUUCACGGCCUGAGCUUCCAUCUAGGGGCCGCUCUCUUAUCUCUGGGCUUCAUCACGUAUGUGGAGCAUGUGUUGAGGAAAAGACUAGCCACUAUCUUAAAUGCGUGCAUCUUGUCCAGGCGAUGUCAGCCAGAUUGCAGUCACGCACACAAAAAGGCUUUGUGGGUGUACCUCAUAAACCUGGUCUUCAGUGGACUGGCCCUUUUGCAUCUGGUUUAUCUGGGCUCUGUGUUUGACUCAAACUCAGAUGACAUGGAGGAGAACGAGGACAGCAUAGCCAAUCACACCAUCAGAAAGUGGACAGAGCUGAGCUGGUCGAGUCACUGGGUCACCUUCGGUAGCUGGGUGCUCUACCGUAUGAUCCUCUAACAGUUUAGAGACGGGGGAGGACAGAGGAAGAACAAUAUCAUUCUGGACAUGAGAACAGGAGAACCGACGAGAAGACAAGAGCAGAAAAGAGAAGAGAAGAGAGAGAGAGGAAAUGGAAAGCAAUAAAUCACAUCAGGGCGAAACGCCUACUUCAAUCCAAUCCUGUCUCAGUGAGGCAGCCCUAUAUAGGACACUGAACUCUGUGACUGCACUGUGAGAUACUUCUGGACUAUAUAACACACAAACAGAGCAAAUGGAGACCCCCACCUCACCCACCCACCCACCCACACACACAUACAUACAUCCUGUCAACAACUACUGAUGCACUCUGUUGCUGCUCAAACACUCCUGGCCCUUAUUCCUAUUGCACAUGUCUGAACCAGGAAGAUUUGCACCGCCUCUGAAAACCUGGAUCAACAGCACAGCAGACUCCAGUUAUCGCCGAGCGUGGGUUACUUUUAUAUUAUUCUCAUUUUCUGUAUGCUCAUUUAUAUUAUUCUCAUUCGUUACCUGUAUUUACUGUGCUUGUUACAAGAAGAAUACUGGUCAUCUAGUUUACAGUGAGCACAAACAGAAUUGGGGGGGAAGAUGACGUAUUUCACGUGAAGAAUAACUACUUUUAAUUCUUUGAAUAGGAGGAAAACCAACAUUCCCUGUGAUAAGUGACAAGUGGU